CAACCCGAACAAAACUGGCUGCAGCACGGGUUGUUUUGGUUUGUCGAGCACAACUUCCCACCACAGCACCAACACGCCACCCACGACCAUGACGAUGAUGAUGCGUGCUGGCUCGAGCGGGUGCAGCCGCGUCCGCAGCCGCAGCCGCACACCGACGGCGUCGACGAUGUUCUCUCUGCGGCGCAGCUUGUACACGCUGCUGGUGGUUGUGUUGUUGGGGGUGUCGCUUUUGGGCCAGAACGCACACGCACAGGUGACUGGCGAUGACGAUGGUGUUGAGCCGCCACCAGAAUGCGACGAUCUGACGGUCAAGGAGGCGGUGCGCGUCGGCGCCUGGGUUGGUGCAGCGAUCGGCGCUGGCUUCUUCGCCGCGUUCCUCUUGGCCGCCGUUUUGUUCACGUGCCCCUGCUCUGGGCCUUUCCUCGAGUUCACCUGCACCUUGGUUGGCUGCGAGUGCUGCCCGACGUCGUGCUGCGCCGAUGCCAGUGACUCGAGCCGCAGCGGUGACCACCACGCACUGCCCACUGCGCCCAACGAGCUCGGUGGCGACGGCACUUAUCCCGACGGGUCAAGCCACAAGGCAAGCGUGUCGUCGCAGCCCAAUGGCCGCGCCCUCAGCACGUCGCUGCUGCACGCGUCCUACAUUGAUCCCGAGGCAGACAGCGUGGUGCUGGUGGAACCGCCCGGUGCGGAGGACGACGGCAGCGCCGGCGAGUUUGGUGCCUUUCUCACCCUCGUCGAGUUCCUCGACGCCAUCCCGGAGUCGAUGGUGCUGGCAGAGGCCGUGGCGCGCGGCCAGAUCCAGUUUGCGCUCAUCGUCUCCAUUGUCGUGCUCAACUUCUCCACGGGGUUUGCCAUGUUCUCGGACCUGAUCCGCUCCAACACGUCAAACAUCCACGGCGACAACCGCGUGUACCAGCUGCUCUUCGUGUCCGCCACGCUUGCCGCAGGCAUGCUCGUCUUCUCCGUGAGCGACGAGGUGUACACCAACUUCACGGAGCACGAGGGCGACCAGCGGUUCCUCAGUCUCGGCCUCUUGAUUGCCGGCACCAUCGUCGGCGCUGCCUUGGUGCUGGGCCUGAUGUGGCUCAGCUCAGCACAGGCUGCGGCAACGCUCAAGGACAAGCUGUGGCAGUUCUUUGCCUGCUGCUCCGUCACCGCCCUCACGUCCGGCAGCAGCUGGAUCACGAUUGUUCGCGAGGGGCGGGUGGUGAAGUCGCUGCUGCUGGUGAUCGCCCUCACCGUCUGGCUCAUCAUCCUCACCACCAUUGGCGUGCUCAUCUUUCGUCGAAACUCCGUGGAAAAGGACUUUAUCGAGGGGUUCUCCGGGGGAGCGUUCAUCAUCACCAUUGGUGGCACCCUGUUGCCGGAGGCGCAACACGCCGCCCACAAGACACACUGGUCGUCCACGCAGAAACAGAUUAUCGCCGCGUCCUCCUUCCUCGUGGGUCUUAUUCUCGCAGUCAUUCUGAAGCUUCUGGAGGACGAGGAGCCAGACUGCUAGCUGCCUGCCAUUACCGUCACCCGUGAAGCACCGCUUGCUGUUUGAUCUGAUAUAUCGAUACGUGGACGCUGUUGACAUGUGAUGUGCAUUUGUGUGUGUGUGUGUGUGUGUGU